CUCCCUCGCCGGGCCCCCGCGUGGAGCCGCCUUGCAGAGUUCAGUCGGGCUGCGAGAGGAAUGCGCUGGGAUGCGGAGCGGCACCAACCGUAGGAAACCGACGCAACAAUUCGCCCAGUAUGGACAGUAGUGAUCCGUACUUACACCUCAUUUGUCUCCGAGCCAACACUUGAGUCCUGGUCCAGGGUGACUGGCAUCCCGCCCCGGCGCCACACUUGCACCAGGGAAGGCAUGUGGCACCCCGCGGCAUCCCCUGCAACCGGGGGCGGCCCCGCCAAGGAGAUCGCAGGUCAUGGCCACUACUCCACGGGGCCGAUGACCCACACCCAUCCCCCUCCCAUGGGAGGCAUGGUCGGCCACCCGUCAGUCAUCAGCACCUCCAGGCCCCUAACGUCGCCCAUGUCCGCCUUGGGCUCUUCGAUGAACGGCCUGGCGUCCCCGUACCCCGUCAUCACGUCCUCCCUGGGCUCUGCUUCCAUAUCGCUGCCGUCCACGCCCAACAUGAACUUUGGACCUCUCGGCAGCCCGCAGAUGAACUCCAUGAACAGCGUCAGCAGCUCCGAGGACGUCAAGCCUCCGCCGGGCCUGCAGAACUUGGGGAACAUCAACUACCAGUGUACGAGCCCCGGGGGAAUGUCAAAGCACAUCUGCUCCAUAUGCGGGGACCGCUCCUCAGGAAAGCACUACGGCGUGUACAGCUGCGAGGGGUGCAAAGGCUUCUUCAAGAGGACCGUGCGUAAGGAUCUCUCCUACACGUGCCGGGACAGCAAGGAGUGCCUGAUCGACAAGCGCCAGCGGAACCGGUGCCAAUACUGCCGCUACCAGAAGUGCCUGGCCAUGGGCAUGAAGAGAGAAGGUGUGUGUGCAGCCGUGCAGGAGGAGAGACAGCGUGGAAGGGAGCGAGGGGAGAGCGAGGUGGAAUCCACGAGCAGUUUCAACGAGGAAAUGCCGGUGGACAAGAUCCUGGACGCCGAGCUGGCCGUGGAGCCCAAAACGGAGACGUACAGCGACGGCAGCCCCAGCAACUCGACCAACGACCCUGUCACCAAUAUCUGCCAAGCGGCCGACAAGCAGCUCUUCACCUUGGUGGAGUGGGCCAAAAGGAUCCCACACUUCUCCGAGCUCCCCCUCGACGACCAGGUCAUCCUCCUACGAGCAGGAUGGAACGAACUCCUCAUCGCCUCGUUCUCGCACCGCUCGGUCACGGUGAAAGACGGCAUCCUGUUGGCGACGGGCCUCCACGUCCACAGAAACAGCGCCCACAGCGCUGGCGUGGGCUCCAUCUUCGAUAGAGUUCUGACCGAGUUGGUGUCCAAGAUGAAAGACAUGCAGAUGGAUAAGACGGAGCUGGGCUGCCUGCGAGCCAUCGUCCUCUUCAACCCAGACGCAAAAGGUCUUUCAAACCCACCGGAGGUCGAGGGGCUGAGGGAAAAAGUUUACGCCUCUUUGGAGUCGUACACAAAACAGAAAUACCCGGACCAGCCUGGCAGGUUUGCCAAGCUGCUGCUCCGCCUGCCCGCCCUGCGCUCCAUCGGCCUCAAGUGUCUGGAGCAUCUGUUCUUCUUCAAGCUCAUCGGGGACACGCCUAUCGACACCUUCCUGAUGGAGAUGCUGGAGGCUCCGCAUCAGAUCACAUGACACCAGUCCCCCCUCCCCUUCCCCCUGUAUAUAAUCCCACAUAGUAAGCGAUAUGAAGACUUCAAAAUUGUAAAACCACCUAUUUUGUACCGAGCAAAACAUUGUAAUUAAAAUUUUGAAAAAAGAAGGUAUUUUGAGGCCGCGGUGAGGGUGGAGUCUUGAGACGGAGCAUCGAGUACAGUGUCAAAAAGUAUUCUAAUUGUUAAUUAGAAUUGUUAACAGACUUCUUUUGUAAAUAGAUAAUUUCAAGUGUCAAUUUUAAAAGCAACCCAAUGCAAUUUGAAAAUAUAUUGUAUUUUACUCAAACAGGAAUUGUAUAAAAACAGAAACCAUCAAUGCAUUUCUUAAAACACAUUUGAGAAUUCUUACAGAAUAAAGUUAUUUAAAAAUG